UAAGCUGCAGUAAUACAGUAGCUGCUUGCUUGCUAGCUCCCUGUGUACAACUUUUGUACUCCGAAAGCUCCAGAGACGUUUUUAUUUGCGUUUCAGAUGCACAAGUAACAGUCAAACCCAUGACCCAACAGGAGCAGAAUGAGUUCAGGGAGAGUUGGGAGGACGCACAGGCUUGGAUGCAGGCCGUCCAGGAAAGACUUAAGCUCAUUGACAACACCGAAGGACCCAGAGCAGCUCUGGGGGUUCGACUGAGAGAGUCAGAGGAAAUCCACGAAUCGGAGCAGGAGGGCCGGAUGAAAAUGGACGUGGUCCUGGUGGCCGCCGAGGCUCUUCUGAGGAACGGCGACGAGGCGUUGAAGAACCAGACACACUCCAAACUCAAAGAACUUAAGACUCUGUGGGACGAGACGUCCACCUACAUCAUCCACUGCCACAGCCGUAUCGAGUGGGUGUGGCUUCACUGGAGCGAGUACCUGAAGGCCCACGAGGAGUUCAGCAUGUGGCUGGUGAAGGUGCAGCGGACGGUGGAGCCUCAGCUGGAGCUCCAACUGGGUCUGAGGGAGAAGCUGUGGCAGGUGGACCACCACGACGUGAUCUGCAGUGACGUGAAGGCCCAGGAACCUCUGCUGGAACGGCUGCUGGACGAGGCGUCCGCCAUUUAUAUCCGCACCCAGGACCCCAGCGUGGACGAGAACGCUCAGAACACGCUGCAAGAGGCAUACGACAACGUCCGCAACAGGGCCGAGGAGAGGCUGGCUCUGGUGCAGAAGGUUGCAGAAGAGCAUCAGCAGUACCAAAGCCGCAUUCACGAGUUUCAGAAGUGGUUGGUGUCCAAGACAGACGAAGUGAGUCGUUUCACCGAGACCGAGGACGUUUCGGAGAAUCGGCUGCGAGCCCUGCAGGACCUGGAUGACAGCGUGUCCCGUGAAGAAGAGACAUUACUGUACAUCGAAGCCCAGGCCAGGGCUGUGAAGACCAACACGUCACCCGCAGGAGCCGAGCUAAUCACGGAUGAGGUGGAAGAGCUGCGGCUGACAUGGCAGAGGCUGCGGCUGGCGCUGGUGGAGAUACGCUCCGAGCUGAAGGGCUCUAUGGAUGCCCAGAAAGAGUACUACACCCGGCGAGAGGAGCUGGCAGAGGGCAUCAAGCAGCUCCGAGCCCUUGUGCACAAAAUGAGCCGGCAGCUGGAGAAUAAGGAUGGUGAGAGGACCGAGGAGAACAUGGUGGCUCAGUGGAAGAGCUAUACAGACGUGAGGACUGUCCUUUCGGCUGUGGAACCUCAGGUUGAGCAGCUCAAAGCCCAGCUGAAGGAGUUAUAUCGGUUCCCACAUGAUUCCCAAGUAAUUGCUGAUGAAGUAUUGACAGCGGUGAAAGAGUACCAGAGCGUGAAAGGUCGCACGUUCCGGCUCUGCUCAGAGAGCGAGGCAGCGCUGAAGCAGCUUCUACAGGAUCCUCUGCAUGGCUUCAGUCAGUGGAGUCAGGCGGCGUCUCAGGUGCUCGACACCUCUGCAAAGGUCACCGACUUUUCCCACAUCGCUGUGCAUGUGCAGAACGUCGAGAAGCUGCUGAGAGACAGCGUGCAGCUGCAGGAAAGGCUCAGCUCGCUGCAGGUGAAAGCCGACCUGCUGAGCUCCGUGUUCGGCGAAGAGAAAGCCCGCAGCCUGCUGGAGGAGCUCGGUGCAGACAUGAGGAAAAGAGAACAGCUUCAGACCCAACUGCUGCAGAGGAGAACUCGCCUGCAGGAAUUAAUUUCGAAGACGAAGAGCUUCGGUGAAGCGUACGACUCCAUCCAACAGAAGCUCUCGUCUAUAAAGGAGAGAUUUCACACUGCAGACGGACUCCAGCCCGACAUCCUCGCCAAGAAGAGCCAGGCAGACCAAGUGAAGGUUAUUAAGAGAGAUCUGGAAGACUGCGAGGCUCACAUCACCGCUCUGGAGACGCUCGUCUCUUCCAGCCCAGCUAACAGGACCAAGUUUGAGCGUCUCUACUCCGAUUGGAAGCUCCUCUACAAAGCCGUCCGUGUGAAGGUGACCGAGAGCGAGGAGAGUAUUUUGGAGCACGAGAGUUUCCACGAGAGUCUGCUGAACAUGGAGAAAUGGCUGAUGAUCAUGAGGCAGAAGCUGGAGUCGUUCCGAGGAGCGAACGGGGAGUGGAGCGUGGCGAACCGACAGCAUGAAGCAGAGAGGGCGCUGGGCGAGUUUCCAGAAAAGGAGCUGCAGCUGCACAGGACCGAAGCGCAGGGUCAUGCCGUGCUGCUGAAAACCUCAGAAGAGGGCAAAGUUCACAUUCAGCGUGACAUCAGGCGUCUGCGUGAGUCCUGGAUGUCUCUCCAUGCGCUCAGUCUGAACCUGUACAGACUUUUGAAUGGACACAGUACCUCAGGAGAAGUGGAGUCUUCACCACUCUCGCACCAUGCAGGCGAUUUCCUGGAGGGAUCCGCAGUCAGAAUCAGAGCAGAAAGCAGGUCGGGGCUCGAAGACGUCCCUCAGCUUUCCGAGGCUUCACCGAUGGCCAGAGGUUCAGGAGGAUUCAAGGCUUUUGCCAAACACAGGGACUCCGUGAGCAAACACGACGACGCGUCUCAAACAGACGACGGGGAGUUCGGGCCUCGAGGUCCUGAUCAGACGCCAUCUGUGAACAUCCGAGGAGUCUGGAGAGGCGAAUCGAGAGGUCAGGAUACCGAAGUGGACUCGAUCGCCGCCGGACGAGGAUAUCAGCAGGACGAUGAAAGACACGCCCACGGGGCAGGAGCGUUAAGGAGAUCCGGGAAUCGAGGGAGAACGAAGGAAUGGGUUAAAGAGCACUCAACCGGGGUGGAAGACGUUGCACCACCGAUUGAAGUCCACUAUGCAAGUGAUUCUCCUGAUGCAGCAAAACCCUCAAAUACAGAUGUUAGGUCAGAAGAUCUGUCUGCGUUUACACACGCCGUAGACCCUCCAGCUCACGGCUCCACAGACGUCACCCAGGUGAGAGAGAACAGACCUGAUUGGAAGUUUCUCAGUGGAGAGUUCGAUGCCUGGCUGUGUAAAAAAAAUGAGAAACUGGAAGGGAUUAUGAGCAACCAAAGAGCACUGAGCACCAAAGAACUAACGAUUAGACGGAACACUCUGAAGGAGCUGCGCGCUGGCAUACCAUGGGGUCAAGCUCAGUUCCAGCAGCUACUGAGCUCCUGGCAGGUUGAAGCAGGAACAGAGGAUGUGGAACUGGAGGAGCUUCGCUACAGAUGGAUGCUUUAUAAAUCCAAACUAAAGGAAGCUGAAGGUGUUAAAGCUCGUCUCCAACUCCAGGAGAAAGGAGUUCAGCAGGAGGAGCUAGUUCGGUCCAGAAAGGAGAGCUGCUGUGGGUUCCUGUACCGUGUGUGUCGUGUGGCUCUCCCUCUGCAGCUGCUGCUCCUCGGUCUGCUGCUCUUCGCCUUUCUCCUGCCCCUGAUGGACGAGGGCACGAGCUGCUCGCUGUCCAACAACUUCGCCCGCUCUUUUAACAUCAUGCUGCGCUACCAUGGACCUCCACCCACCUAAACACAGACCUACACAUACACACACACGCACACACAUACUUUUAAAUUUACACACGGCUUUAUAUGCACACAUGUAUACACACAUGGGUACAGCUUUACCUGUGUAUUGUAUAUACACACACACACUGUAGCACAUUUAUACACAGUUCUGUAUGCACACACACAAAAGUAUACACACAUAGGUACAGCUUUACCUGUGUAUUGUAUAUACACACACACACACUGUAGAACAUUUAUACACAGUUCUGUAUGCACACACACAAAAGUAUACACACUUAGGUACAGAUUUACAUGCAUACACAAACUUACACACCUAUACAUACAUAUGCAUAGCUGUACCUGCAUGCACACACAGAUAACUGCACACAUGGACACAUUUGUAUGUAUGCACACACAUAUGCAUGUACAAACACACCUACUGUAGACGGUUGUCUGCCCCAAUAUCAUCAUCUGCCUGGUCAUCUACACACACACACACACAUAUUCCAAAAUCUAUGCACACGGCUCGUUCAGCAUCAAUCUUCAUCCAACUGAACAAGCACCUACACACGACUACGCACGCACGCACACACACACACACACCUACAUACACCUACAUACUGCUUCAACAUCACUCUCCGUCCAGCUGAACACACCCACGCAACACCCACACACACCGUAGAGAGAGCUUUUUAUUUUGCUCUGAAUCACCUCCUCCGUGGCCACCAAGCACCAAAAUAUCUGUGGAAUGUUCACCAAAAUGAACAUUAUUCUAUUCUUCAUUAUUAAUCGUGUUAUGUAAUAUGGUUGUGUUAACUUAUUUCUUUUCCAAGAAAAAAAAAAUUCAAGCUGCAGAGAUGCACUGAAGGAACCUGAGCUCAGUUACUGUAGCAUCAUAUUUCACGCUCGGCUGGGCCCAGCAGAACUGUGUGUGUGUGUCUGUGUGUGUGUGUGAGUGGGAGGCUGGCUUUAACGCUGGCAACCUGUUCCUCACGACUCGAGCUGUUGCACGGUCUUAUUUUAUUACCGACAGAGUAGAGCAGCUCUCACUGAGUGCAGAAACAUUUCUAUUCCAGUGUCUCGAUAUACUGCGCUGUAGAAAAACGCUCGUGUGUGUGUGUGUGUGUGUGUGUGUUUCAGUGUUCUUUUUAACAUACCUCUAUCGACUUUCCUUUGCGAUGUGGACGCGUAACUCCUACGUCACACAAGAGGCCACUAGGGAUGGGCGAUAUGACGAAAAAUAUCAUAUCACAAUACUUGAUAAUAUUUCUUAGCGUUACCGUUAUAUACGUACACUAUAUUGCCAAAAGUUUUGGGACACCUUUCCAAAUCAUUACAUUCAGGUGUUCUAAUCAUGUCCAUGGCCACAGGUGUAUAAAAUCAAGCACCUAGGCAUGCAGACUGCUUGUACAAACAGGCGCUCAGUGAAUUCGAGCGUGAUUAGGGAUAGGAAUUUCCUCACUACUAAAUAUUCCACAGUCAUCUGCUAGUGGUAUUGUAACAAAGUGGACGCAAUUAGGAACAACAGCAAGUCAGCCACGAAGCAGUAGGCCACGUAAAAUCAACAGACAGAUCUUCUCGCCCGACCUCACAAAUGCACUUCUGGAGGAACGGUAGGAAAAAAAUUCCCAUAAACACACCUCUAAACCUUGUGGAAAACCUUCCCAGAAGAGUUGAUAACUGGAAAAGGGUCCAUAUUAAACCCUACAGAUUAAGAGCAGGACGUCAUUAACGUUCGUGUGCAUGUAAAGACAGACGUCCCAAAACUUUUGGCAAUACAAUGUAGUUGUCAUGUUUAGACAGGAUGAAAAUAAAUAAACUUAAUAUUUUUUUUUU